UUCGGGUCUAUCCUUUAUUCAUGAUCUGUCUUCUACACACUCGCCGGAGUGAUCGUCACAGGCUAUAAGAUUCGAUCAUCAGUUCAAAUGGAUGUCUCUCUACCAGUGGAUAAACUAUCUAUCGGAUCACAACCUGAGGACAAAAAAUGUGUAGUGCUAGUGGCAACUGGGAGUUUCAAUCCUCCUACGUUCAUGCAUUUACGCAUGUUUGAGCUGGCCAGAGAUGCAUUACGCUCGGAGGGGUUUCAUGUUCUUGGAGGCUAUAUGUCUCCAGUAAAUGAUGCAUACAAGAAAGAGGGACUUUUAUCUGCAGAGCAUCGUCUAGAGAUGUGUAAUCUGGCUUGCAAAAGCUCCGACUUUAUUAUGGUUGAUCCGUGGGAGGCAUCCCAAGACAGCUACCAACGAAGUUUGGUGGUUUUAUCAAGGGUCAAGACUUUCCUUACAAACAAUCGCCUUGUACCCAUGGAAUCUCUCAAAGUAAUGCUACUAUGUGGCUCGGAUUUACUGCAAUCUUUUUGCACUCCCGGUGUUUGGAUCCCUGAGCAGGUAAAGAGUAUCUGUAAAGACUAUGGGAUUGUGUGCAUCCGUAGAGAAGGACAAGAUGUUGAAAACAUGAUCUUUGGUGACAGAAUCUUAUACGAAACCCGUGAUAAUAUCAGAAUCGUCAACAAUUUUGUUCCUAACCAGAUUAGCUCAAGUAGAUUAAGGCAAUGCAUUUCGAGAGGAUUAUCGGUUAAGUACUUGACCGAAGAUGGAGUGAUAGAUUACAUCAGGCAACACCAACUUUACACUGAGCUCACAUAACAAAAGCUGAGAGGAUUGUUUACUUCACCAAAUCAAAUAUUACUACAAUUCAAAUAAUGUUGAUAAACAGAAAGUAGUCAUAUUAAAUGUUCCUCCUUAGAUUCUUUGUGUUCAAGAUUUAACAAAGAACGAA